GCUACAAGCACAGACUACAGAGUAAAGUAAGUAUAUAAGUACAGAUACAAGUAUUUGAACGUUACAAUGAAGUGCAAUCAAUAAAUAACUCAAAAUUAUGAAAAUUUGACUUUUUCACAUCUCAAAUUACUUAAUUAACUCCAAAGUGUGCAAUUAAACGUCUAAUAUGUCUUGUAUAAAUUACUCGUCACGCACAGAGGGCCAGAGGAAAAUAAAUACAAUAAUAUGGUCAAUACCAAAUUUCAUAAAUCUCUUAGAUAAGACAACUAGAGAAUUCAGGACUGAGAAUUCAGAUGCUAAAGUUGAGUUGAAGGAGCCAAGAUUUCAGUUGAAGAUGCAAUUUUUGGGAAGAGACAACAAUUUGAUUGAGAUUUACUACCUGUCCCCCACUCCUGUUUUUCUGAAAUGUAUCUUAACUAUUUGCUUGAAACGAUAUGAGGAGCGCUCCGUAAUUGAUAAGGACUACAACACAGUCCAGGCAAAUAAAUGGCAGUACUUGACAACUUUAUACAAAAGAGAUAUUAUAAAUGAGCGGGAUAUUAUACUACUUAGUGAUGGAACAUUAAGACUCAAAUUUCAGUUUAUGAUCACAAAUGAUAUAAAAGUUGACCGAACGCAUAUCCCUGCAGCCCAGCUAAGCAAUGACUUCGAAAAUUUGCUUGAGAAUGGACUAUUUUCUGAUGUUAUCAUGAAAUCAGUUGAAGGGGUUGAAUUUAAAGUGCACAAGGCUGUUUUGGCGAGUCGGAGCGCUGUUUUGAAAGCGCAUUUUGAGCAUAACACUAUAGAAUGUCACACCAAUGUUUUAGAAUCUCCUCUGGAUGCUGAUAUUUUACGAGAAGUAUUGACUUUCAUUUACACAGAUAAAGCUCCGAGUGUAGAUGAAAAUCCUGAAAAGUUAUUGGCUGCUGCGGAUUACUACCAGCUUAGCAGGAUGAAGAGCUUGUGUGAGGAAGCUUUACAUAAGAAAUUGACUGUUGAGAAUGCUAUAGAAACCUUGCAGUUGGCAGGACUGCAUUCCGCAAGCACAUUGGAGCAACUGACGCUUGAAUUCAUAAAGGAUGGUCAAGCGAAGCUGAUCAUUAAGACUGAAGGCUGGGCAAAAGUGAAAUCAGUUGAUUUGAUUAAGAGAAUCUAUGAAUAUAUAGUAAAUGAUGAAGUUGAUACUGAUAUCAAAUAAAAUAUAUAUUGUUGAAAAUCAAACUAGAAAGAUACAUAUGCAAUACCAUUAUUAUAAAACAAAUAUAUUAUUUAACUAUAAAUGUAAGGAAAUUCAGAUAAAAAAAUAAUUUAUUAAAUUGAAUGAUUGUCAAAUGUUGUUAUGAAGUUGUAAUAGGUAUUAAAUCUUAUACCUUUAAACGAGCAAUUCUUGUAUAUAUAUAUGUAUAUAUAUUUCUGUGAUCUCGGAAACGGCUCUAACGAUUUCGCUGAAAUUUGGUAUAUGGGGGUUUUUGGGGGUAUACAAUCGAUCUAGAUUAGUCUUAUGUUUGGGAAAACGCGUGUUUUCGAGUUUUUAUGCGUUUUUCUUUCGACGCAGAAUAUGGUCGCUAAUUUCGUGCUGCCGACCACUGUCCGUCUGGUCCAGCGGGUUAAGACGUGGACGGCUAGAAACGAGUGUUACGGGUUCGAAUCUCGCCCGGUGAAUAACUUUUGUUUUUUUUUUGUGUUCAAGUUUAUAUAUAUAUUUUUUAAUUUUUAUUGUUUUAGACAAGUUUAAUUUAGUAAAAAAAUGUAUUUAAGAUUAUCACCUAUACACCACCAUAUUACAAUAAAUAGUUAGAACGUCGCCCAGGUACUUAGAAAUUAAAUAAGUUAAAAUGGGUCACUCAUGUAUUUUAAGUCGAAAACGCUUGACAUGUUUCACUCAGUUCCGAGGAGUGUCAUCAGGAGGACUGUUGAGGAGUGUUUUGUUAUUAAAUUAGAAAUUGAAUAUUAAUGUUUGCUCAAUAAAAAACAAAAAUAAACAAA